AUGAAGCACCAAUCGGAACUACCAUCACCCAUAGGCACAUGGCUGUUGUUCUGGCCUGGUGCGUGGAGUAUCGCCUUAGCCGGUCCUGUUGCCCUGACCCCCCAUUUAGGACUCCUGUCCACAUUUGCGGUGGGUGCGUUUAUUAUGAGAGGGGCGGGUUGCACCAUUAACGACAUGUGGGACCGAAGGAUAGACGACAAGGUGGAGCGCACCCGCAGUCGACCCAUUGCCAGUGGGGACGUGUCCAUGGACCAAGCGUGGAAGUUCCUGUUGGGUCAGCUGAGUCUGGGCUUGGGAGUGCUGCUCACCUUGAAUCCAUACAGUAUAGUCCUGGGUGCGGCGUCCAUGGGUUUGGUAACCACAUACCCUUUAGCCAAACGGUACACAUGGUACCCUCAGGCCAUUCUGGGGCUGACCUUCAAUUGGGGUGCGCUAUUAGGCUACACCGCUGUGAUGGGUCACUCAGACUUUGGCAUCACACUGCCACUCUAUGCCGCGGGGGUGUCGUGGACAAUGGUGUAUGAUACCAUCUACGCACACCAGGUAAACCACACGCAGCAGACGCUCGAGUAA